GAUAUUACACAUAUGGUAUAAUUAAAUAUUUACAGAUUGAUAAAAUUAAAUAAUAAAAUUAAAAUGCAAACAAAGAAAUUUAAAUUUAAUUAAUUUUAAAUAUAAACAAAGAAAUUUUAAUUAUAUUACUAAUAUUAAAAAAAAUAAUUUAAAAUAUAUUUAUAUAAUUUACUAACCUCUAUUAUAGCAAGUUUCAAAUUAUUAGAAACUUGUUUAUUUUUUAAAGUUUCCUUAGCUUUUUGUUCACUUAAACCAAUAGAUUCAAAUAAUUGUAUAUCAUCUUUUACAUCCAUGAUCAUAUAUUUUUUUCUUUUUUUUAAUAUGUAAUUAGACAAUUUGUUUUAGCCGGGAAGGUAUAGUUCUUAUGUAGUAAUAAAAGUAAUAAAUUUCUUAAUAAAAAGUUAAAAACGACGAAAGAUGUAUAAAAAUAAUAAUGAUGAUGAUGAUUUACAAUUAUGCCCUACAACACUUGCUGCUUUAAAUGAGUUUCUUAAAGAAAAACAAGAAAGAGAAAACCAGUUAAAAUAUAGUUUAGAAAAUAAAGAUUUAGAAAUUUCUUUUGAUGAAAAUUGGCAAUUAAGUCAAUUUUGGUAUGAUGAUAAGACAAUAAAUACUCUUGUAAAAGGUGCUAUACAAAGUACAGAAUUUGAUGGAAAAAUUGCUUUAAUCUCAUGUCCUACACUUUAUAAUAAAUUAAAAAAGAAUUGUGAUAAACGACAAAUUACUCUUUUUGAAUAUGAUGAACGUUUUAAAAUAUAUGGAGUUGACUUUAUACCAUAUAACUAUAAGUUUCCUUUGGAUAUACCUCAGCAUAUGUCAAAUUUUUAUGACUUGGUUAUAGCCGAUCCACCAUUUCUUUCUGAUGAAUGUUUAACAAAAACUGCUCUUACAAUAAAAUUUUUAGCUAAAAAGAAUUAUGUACUUUGUACAGGUUCUAUUAUGAGUGAAUUAGCAAAAAGAUUAUUAAAUGUAGAAAUUUGUUGUUUUGUACCUCAUCAUCAAAAUAAUCUUGCAAAUGAAUUUUACUGUUAUUCAAAUUUUGAUUUUGAUAAAAUGUUACAAUAAAAAAUAAUAAAAAUAUUGUAUAUAAA